AUGUUGAGUGAGGAACAAGUAGAGGACACGACUUUGUUGGCAGCAAAACCACCCUUUGAAAGCAUCAACGAUGCGGGUCUUUUCGGUGACCCUGUCUUCUUUUCACUUCCCGCUUAUUGUGGACUGGAGAUUAGCAAACACCCCUCUCCCUUGACGCAUCACAAGUUUGCGCUCCGCUCCUCUCUCGCGCGAUAUGCGAUGGCUUUUCACUCAUCCUACCUGCAAGAAAUGACAGUGAUCUAUCCUCUCGACGACACUGAAACAAGUUGCCUCGACGAUUGGAAAGCAGUAAAUAUCAAUGCAAAUAAAGAUCGGAUUCGCUCACUCGUCAUUGUGUCAAGGUCAAGGUCUCCAGUAGAGGUGGAAGCUGCUUCAUCAGUUAAGGCCGCAGCUGCGAAGCCAGCGGAAGCAUUCGGCACCCAGGCCGACGGUGGUGGCAGUGGAGGGGUCCUAAUCCCCUCAGGUGGAGUUUCUUCAAAAACAAAUAAAAGCGACGACGCGAUGUACCUCAAGUCGGUGAAGUUCUUCCACCCUGAUUCAGCCUGUUGGCAUCACCUUCGUGAAGGUUAUGAUGUGGUGUGCCUCAGCGAAGGCCCACUUCCAACUUCCUUCGUCUGUCGCGACGAUGACUUCCAUUUGUGA